AUGGGCAUAAGCUGGUCCGCAUUCGUAGAUUUGCCGCUGCGGUAUAUUUUUGGCUUGGAGCAGCUGCAAAGACCCUACAUCGAAUACCAGCCACCAAUCAAUUUGAUCGCGCAAGCAGCAACGCUCGCCGCCCAACAGCGACGAAUGUCAGAUUCGUCAAACUCGUCUGACUCGGACUCGGAUCAAGAGAUGCCGCCAGCUCGAUCACCGCCGAAUCGCCGAGACAUCGACGGCCCUUUUGGUUAUGUUCCUGGAGAUUGUCAACCGUCGAUCAGCCGAUUGCAACACGUUUGUGCGACGACCAGCCAGCCGUUGGCCGGUUUUUCGCCGAUUAGCCGACAACGGACGGCAUUGCAGCUUGGCGGCCGAGGAUAUAACACCAGUGUCGGUCGAGCAAGCAUGUUAGAUAGUUUCUUGCCAAAUCGACAUAAGCUCGUAGAUGCGACGAGGAUAAAGACUUUUUGCGCUCACUAUUUCAACGAUGAUGAUAUUAUGACUGCAAGUCAAGAUGGUGUUAUCCGAUUUUAUACGAGAGGCUGUAAUUACUCAAAGCGAUACACGGAAGACAGUCACUUACAGGUGCCGGUUGUUGGAUGGUCGGUGCUAGACGUGGCGAUCAGCCCGGAUUCACAGUAUCUAGCCUACACCACAUGGCGCGAUAUUGUCUUUUUGACGCGGAUGGGGAUGAGAAGCACAAAACGAUACAGAAUGGAACGAGAACUCGGCAAAGAGUUUUCGGAGCCGGAGCCGGCGUUUGAGCAGCUGAAAUUGACACAAGACGAAGACGCCGAAAGAAAUAACGGUUUUGCUCUGUUCCAACUCAAAUUCUCUCCUGAUGGGCGUGAAGUUUUGGCUGGUUCUUCAGCAUUCCGGAUAUUUGCCGUUGACUUGGAAACGAAGCGCGUUACUUUGGAUCUGACUGCACAUGAGGAUGACAUCAACACAGUCGCAUUUAGCAGUCAAAAUCACCUUGUUUUCAGCGCCGGUGAUGAUGGAUUAUGUAAGGUCUGGGACAGACGGGCCAUGGGAGAAUCCGAUCAACCAGCCGGAAUAUUUGCCGGCCACCGCGACGGGAUUACUUCGGUGGAUGUUCGAGAGGAUGAUAGAUAUGUUGUCACGAAUUGUAAGGAUCAGUCAAUCAAGAUUUGGGACAUACGUAGAUUUGCGUCAGAUGCAGCCGUGGAGGAAACAACGAAUUGUGUGCGGUCGCAGCGUUGGGACUACCGGUUUAAUCAGAAUCCGGUGUAUCAGUCGGAGCUUCUCCCAGGCGACUGCUCACUGAUGACGUUCUACGGUCAUGUUGUGAGGCACACGCUGAUUCGAGCUCGAUUCUCACCCCGGAGCACCGGCUCCAGAUAUGUCUACACCGGAUGUGCGGCAGGGAAAGUCUGGAUUUUCGACAUCUUGAAAGGCGAAAGCGUCGCCGUCCUCCAGGGCCAUAAUGCCGUCGUAAGGGAGUGUGAAUGGAAUGGGAAGACAAACGAGAUAGCCUCCGCAUCGUGGGACGGGCACACAUUCAGUUGGAAGUACGACUGUCGCGCUCGGGAUGACUAUCAGCCUUUGGCUGAGGACGAGGAGAGCUCGAAUGAAUUCUACGAAUCGUUGAAGCCGCAACGGAAACGGACCGCUGUAAAGCGACGGCGGAUACGGCAAGCGGACCUGUAUGACUCGGAUAUGGAGUCCUACCACGCUCACUUUGCCAUUCUUCUCAUUGUCAUCGAAUACGAGCUUCCAAAGGACUUGAUGGGCCACGAGGCGGCCGGGGCGUCACCGGCCGUCCACGUGUCGUUCGCCGAGCGGGACGUGCUCAAGGUGAUCCUCGAAUUUCUCGAGUUGCGCGGUUUUCACAUUGCACAGCUAGCUUUGGAGCGCGAGACGGGUGUGAUCAACGGUCAGUACUCGGCUGAUCUGCUAUUUUUGAGGCAGUUGAUCAUCGACGGCCAAUGGGACAACGCUCUGGACUUUGUGGAGCCGUUGAAGGGCUGCGAUGAUUUUGACUUUCAGGCGUUCCGGUACAACAUCACCAAGUACAAGUUUUUCGAGCUGCUCUGCAUCAAACUCGAACCGGGCCCCAUGCAUGAUAACGAUUUUGCGGUCGAGGAAUUGGUAGAGUGCCUCUCCGAUCUGGAGCAUAUCUGCCCGAGUCCAGAAGACUAUCGACAUCUCUGCGCCAUGCUCACAUUACCUCGUCUCUCCGAUCAUCACGAUUUUCGGCAUUGGAAUCCGAGUGCAGCGCGGAUAGAAUGCUUUCAUAAGGUGGAAAAGAUGGUAGCAAGACUACUCCCGCCUACCCAAAAAGAGUCAACGCCAUUACCAGCUUCGAUCCAUGAUAGAUUGGUUUCUUUGGUGGCCAAGGGAAUUUUCUACGAGGGUUGCGUCGACUACUGCCAAGGACAGGCCGUUGGAGAGUUGAAAGGCCGCGAAGACGGACCCAAAAUCGGCCAACUGCUCUCGAAUCGACCUCGCCUCAGCGGCGUCGAUUUGUCGUUGGUAUCAUGGCUUGGGGUCGUUUCCCGUGAGCAAUUCGCCAUGCCAUUCCAACAGAAGGGCCUCGACACCCGCAUCGAGCCCAUCAAAAAGCCCAAGCUUGAGGCUCAAUGGGCAGAGCAAAUUCUGGCGACACCUAUCAAGCCGGGUGGAGCAUUCCCGCACUCAGCGGUCCCAAAGACGAAGCUUCGUUUUGCCGAAAAGAUGAGCCAGAGCAUAGCUGCAUUACCGAUGGGUGCGAGUAUGGCGAUGAGCACGUAUCCCACGCCGAAGCACGUCAUGUCCCAAUCAACGGCUCCCGGAUUUACACUCAAUGGGACGGCUGAAGCAAGCGGGGAGGCGAUGGUGCAGUCGCAGAUCAUCGACGCUAUGCUGGAGACGAGCGAGCUGGCGAAAACAAGUCGACCCGGUUCUGUAGCUGCACAAAGCCGGCAGAUGACACCGAUGAGCAUGUCCGUGGCUCCACAAGUCCUUGCACCAGCAAUGGCCCAAUCGAUGUCCGCCGCCCCAUUCGAUUUUACGCAAACGAGAAGACAACUCGAUGAAAUGACGAGGAGAUCCGUUCCACCAUCAUCUACCCGUCAAUCCUCCCUCCCCCCGGUUCCCGAGCUGUCUCCACACUCCGAAGAUGCCACCGCCAUGACCCAAAGUCGACUCUUUCAGGAAUUCGCCAGUCGUCAAAAACCCGAGCCCGCGCCCCCGCAAGUCCAGUUACGCCCGCAAAUGCCGAAGCCGAUGCCACACCUUAGCCCGCAACCGAUGCCGUACCCUGGACCACCGGUGCUACCCGGCUACGCGAUAAAUCCGCCAGUACCGUAUGGGGAUUUCGGAAUGGGCCCUCGCCCGAUCUAUCCUAAUGGCCAUAUGGGCCCCAACCCGAUGGCCCCAAUUGCAACUGCCAUGCCAAGGCCACUGUCGAUGAUGGGCCCAGCUUCACCUGCGCAUCCGGGUCCGGCGGCUCGUCCCCAUUCAAUGCCCUCGAGCAGCGGAAUGAACGUACAAUUUGUUCCGGUUUGCAGAUACGAAGACGCGCAAGCCAUCCGAGCCUCCGCUUUCCACCCAUCCGGCCGUGUAUUUGCCGUGGGCACCAACUCGAAGCAAAUGCUCAUCUGCGCCUACCCGGACGUCAAAAGGAACAGACUCUACAAUCCUAGGCUACGGACUCACGAGCCGAUGCCGAAGCCAGAAAUAUUGUUGUCACGCCCAAAGCAACACCGCGGAUCUGUUUAUUGUUUGGGAUUCAGCCCGAGUGGAGAAAUGCUAGCAACCGGCUCAAACGACAAAUCGAUGCGUCUAAUGGCCUAUAACGUGGAUAACAGCCGGAUAGGAGCCGAAAUGGAGUUGAAUUGUCACGAUGGGACGGUGCGGGAUUUGAUCUUUCUCGAAGACUCUGCCAAUCGGACGUCACUGCUGAUAUCUGGUGGGGCCGGGGAUUGUCAAUUACGGGUCAGCGAUUGUCACACCGGCCAAGUCGUUCAAAGCUACUCCGGCCAUAGUGCCCCGAUCCUGGGCCUCUACUCCUGGGGUACUGGCCCGCAAUUCGUCUCCUGUUCCCAGGACAAGACGAUUCGAUUCUGGGAUGUAAGAGCCCCACAGCCGACCCACGUCAUCCAGCCGAGCGCCAAGAUUGCUAACUCGCCGGUGACGUCGGUUUGCGUAGACCCAUCGGGACAGCUGCUGGUUUCUGGACAUGAGGAUGCAUCGGUUGCCCUAUACGACAUGACCGGGCGUCGUGUCCUCCAAACGUUCCGUCCUCACGGUGAUGAGGUGCGGAGCGUACGCUUCAGCAAUGCGGCCUAUUACCUCCUCUCGGCCAGCUACGAUAAGAGGGUAUGCAUCACCGACAUGAGAGGCGAUUUAAUGGCCCCGUUGAUGUAUUUGCCGGUAGCCGAACACUCGGAUAAAGUGAUACAGUGCAGAUGGCACCCACAUGAAUUCUCCUUCCUCUCCACAUCCGCUGACCGUUCGGUCGUACUCUGGGCCCUGCCACCGCCU